UGACUCGACCAUCUUUACUGCACUCACAGAUCCCGAGUGCGCUGUAAUAUAUAUCUUCUCCGUUGACAUUCGUACUUUAAGGAUAAAAAAGAAUGAAUCGGCAGAUAAAUAAAAGAGGAGUCACGGGGCCCGUUGGGGAAGCAUUAUUCAAAGAGCAACAAUCUAGCAGAGUACAUUGCGACUUGAAAGAAACCCAGGUACACAUUCCAGCUGCUGGGAGAAAGGCAGAGUAUUCUAGUGCAGCACAAGCCUCUGCUGGUAAGUGGAAGUCUUCAUUCCAACCAGUGGUUAAGAGAAAUGCCGAAGAUGAGUCGCACGAGCAAAGCAGUGUACAAAGAUAUGAAAAAUACGAGAAGGAUGUUGUGACAUCGACACCUUCGCACCACCAACACUUAGCAAAGGCUGCUCGCCCGCCCGUGUCUCGUCUUGUCUCAGGCACUGGGCCUGAAGGGACUGAACUUUACGACCCGUUUGAUAAUGACAUGGUUGACUCGACAAUUGACAGAUUACGGCCCACAAAGGACAACUUCCCACCUGAGCAAUGUUUGUCUCCAGGCGGGAGCCGUCAUGUCAUGUCCUCCUGGGAAUUAAGCCGACGGCGUGACUAUAACAUGAAGUCACUGGAGCCACCAGGGUAUGCAUCCAUGAGGACAUCCUAUGGCGCAGAGAGGACCAAUGGAGAAGAAGCCAUGGCAAGGCCAGAGCACAGCAGCAUGAUGGUCCCACGUGUUAGGUUGUCUUCACCAAAGCUGCAGGACUAUCAGAUUACGGAGGAGCCCGGUGAAGCAGAAGCGGAAGAGAGUAGGACAAAAAGCAAAAGGACCAAAUCUAUUCUGAUGGAUCAGAUAACCAUCAACUGUGACCUGUGCGACAUCGAAGUGAGCAAUGGGCAGGAGCUGGAGGACCACUUGGACAGCAAAAUUCACUGGGACGUAAUGGAGCACAUCCAACAGCAGAAUAACUAUGACGACAUGACGAUAGCCUUCCUGCAGGACGUCAUGUUGUAUAAGAGCAUCAAGUGCAGCCGAGCCAUAGAUGACAGCGCUCUUCGUGCUCUGCAGGAGAACGACCACAUGACAAAGGUUGCGUUGUUCCACUGCGCAGCUUGCCAAGUCCUCGUAUCCACGGCGGCAUCAUCUGUGCAGAAUCACAUCACCUCGCCGGAACACCUCUCCAAAACAAAGGAAUUUGGAGCACAGCGGAGACACGCUUCACUUGACAAAGCAGAUACCAUCAUGAAAGAGCUGCAGCCUCAGUUUGAAAAUUUCCUCAAGGGUUUCAGCCAGUUUGAAUGACAGGAGACCCCGACCCCAAAGAUGCCAUAGACGCCCCGAGUGCUGUGUGACACGACUUCACAAUGGACUUCACCAUCACAACCAGUACAGUUUGAUGCUUUGUGCGUGCAAACCAACGACGUGCGAUGAGGAUCAUGGCUGGUGAGGCACUGAUUCCUUGGGGUUAUGUUAAUACAGGUUGGUCGUUCAGAAAAUAACCCCCAAAAAACAUAAUUCAUUUUUUUAAUGACCGGAUGUGUAUGUUAAAACCGAUUGGAAUCGUACGUUCAUUCAUUCAUUUUCUACUGUUUAUCCUCACGAGGGUCGCGUGUGGUGCUGGAGCCUAUCCCAGCUGUCUUGGGGCGAGAGGCGGGGUACACCCUGGACUGGUGGCCAGCCAAUCACAGGGCACAUAUAGACAAACAACCAUUCACACUCGCAUUCAUACCUAUGGACAAUUUGGAGUCUCUAAUUAACCUAGCAUGUUUUUGGAAUGUGGGAGGAAACCGGAGAAAACUCCACACAGAGAUGGCCGAGGGUGGAAUUGAACUCGGAUCUCCUAGCUGUGAGGCCUAUGCGCUAACCACUCACUCGCCAUGCAGCCCUUAAUACAGUGCAAUGGACACAUUUUGAUUUUUUGGGUUGUUUUUUUUGUAUUUCUCAUCACAGCAGGUGAGGCUCCCCUGACCGCACGCCACUGGUGUACACAUAGCUUUAUCUGCCUCUUGUAUUACUUUUUUUUGGGGGGGGGGCAUGCCAACUUGUGAAUAAUUGUUUUUGUUUAGAAACACAAAUGUUUUCAACAUUGUAUUUGAUAUAGUACAUUCCAAAAUUAAAUGAUUAAAAAAAAAAAAACAUAAUUUCAACGUUAAAUAUCGUACAUUUUACAGUGUUGCAACCGAAUGUAGUGAUCCUGGUCAGGAGUUGUCGCCCUGAAUGUGGUCUAUCGUCAACAGAGACUGUCGUGUUGUGGCGAUCAUACAGGUUUCUGAUUGUGGGUUUCUGGCUUUCUAACUGUAGCUCAAACUGGCCUCCACCAUACCCGCUACCUGGGGACGUCGGUCGUGUGAUAGACGUGCCUAACAAUGCUGGCCUUUUGGGGCCUUUAUAUAGGCCUUCCAAACCAAUCCUCAAAUGAUGCACACAGCCACUAGUAUUACAGUAUUGCGGAACGUGUAUUUGCACCAAGCCAUGUGUCAUGAACCGCAACAACAUAACUCAUUCUCAACUACCCGAGCACUGAGUUAACAAUAAAUCCACAAGGUAAAUUACAAGUACAAAUGUAUAUACUUUUAGUUUAAUAUUGACUGUUAGUAUACACAAGCGAUAGAAAGUCAAGUCUGCAGCAUCGUUAUUGCCUCUUUUUAGAAAAAAAAAUGACAGAAAAGUCCAUUUUUUUAUUUAUUAAGAAACACGUUUUAAACAUUGUAUUUGUGAUAUAGUACAUUUCAAAAUUAAAUUAUUUAAAAAGCGUAUUUUCCAUAGUUAAAUAUCGUAGAUGUGGAUGUAGGGCAUGAACAGCAAUGGUUGUUAGUUUUCUUUUUUUUGUGGUUUUUCUUACCCAUUAUACAGUGGAACCUCCAAAGUCGAACAACAAUUGAAAAAAUUCAGCCAUACAAUGGUGGCAAAAUGUCUCAAAAGUCAACCUAAACAUGGGCGUUCCAACAGAUCAAAAUGCAGGAUGUCCUGUAAGACAACAAAUUCAUAAGAUUUCAGCUCACGAAGCAUUGAAUGAUUCAUUUGCACAUUACAUAUAAUGGAAACUUUUUUUUUUGACUACAUGAAAUUAGACAACCGGCAUCAUGGGAGGGCUUGUCUACUACUU